AUGGUACACCUUGUGGCUGUACCAGAGACAAUCACGGCAAGUGGCUGUGCUUGUGUCUUUAUUGACACCAUCUUCCGACUUCAUGGGUUGCCCCGUGAACUCGUAUCAGACAGAGAUCCACGAUUCACUGCUGAUUUCUGGCGUUCCGUGUUCAAAUCACUCGGAACGCGCUUGAAGAUGUCAACAUCUGAUCAUCCAGAGUCAGAUGGUCAGACGGAACGUGCCAAUCGUGUCCUUGAAGAGAUACUUCGAGGAUACGUACACUCCUUUAAGAGAUGGAGUGAGUUUUUGCCGAUGGUAGAGUUUGCCAUCAACAACUCGGUGCAUGCGUCCACGACACAUACACCGUUUUACGUGAAUGGCUUGCGCCAUCCGCGUGUACCCACCUUACUAGAGUGUAACUCUGGUUUAAGGGGGGGAGGGACUCGCGCGAGCAAAAACCGAUUUGGUUCACGCUCAUCACGCUCUGACGAAGAAGUCAUUGCGUUUGAUGCCGAUAUCGAUAACAUCGAUAUCGAAGAAGAUGAUGCCAGUGAGAGUGCGGAAGCCCUCACUGAAGACAAUGAUCCCAGUGAGAGUGCGGAAGCCCUCACUGAAGAAAAGGUUGUUGUCGCUGCAGUGCGCUCACAGCACACUGAAGCUAACGAGUCAUCAGAUGAGUUCAUACUGGCUCGUGAAACGGUAGUCCGUUAA